AUGGCGAGCACGGAUCCAUUGGCCACAGCAUUUGCCCUGUGGAACCUACUACAGACUAGACAACCGCAAUGGAACCGUUUGAUUCAUGUGGACGACGAAACAUUGAUGCGUAUUAUCAAUUACCUUGGUCAGACGCAGCAGGUCACUUCGAGCGACACGGACACCACUACUGUGGAUAUUCGUUUAUCCGGCAGUUGGGAUGUGCGUCAAGUGAUGGAUCGACGUUUUGCUCCGGUCAGUAAUGCUUCGGAUGCAAUUGAUCGAGAGGCCCAUCGCAGACUACCGUCCACAGCUAUGGUUAUCAUAGCGUUCCGAUCGACCGGCCGUUCAUUGCCAAGCGGAGUGGGAUCUGAACAGGCUGAGAUAAUUGUGUCCCGCGCGGUUCAGUUCAUCAGUCGGCAUAUUCUCCAAGUCAACGAUCUGUUCUCUCUCAUGAUCGGAGCCUAUGCACUCAGUGUGGCCACUGAUGCCACAUCACAGCAAAAAAUUAUGCUUGCCGUUCGGAAGAUCGACACCUAUCGACAGAAGGGCGAGUACACGUACUUUGCUAACUACCCGAUUCCGCCACCAAAGUGGGAAAUAGAUCAAGCUGGUCGGCGUAUUGAGAAUCCGCGACUGGAAAUGCCAAACGACGGAUACGGCGUGGCCUGUUCUAGCAUGUACUUCCUUCUCAUGCAGGAGCAAGGCUCUUGGACAUUUCGAACUCCGGAAGCAUUAGAUAUGGUGCACUGGAUGGCUUCCGAACGCAACCACGUGGCUGGAUUUGCGAGCACGUUUGAUUCUCUGAUCGCACUUCACGCUCUACGCAAAUUUGCACUGGCCGAUACAAAUCGGGCUCUCUAUAGGAUGGCAGUGGAUCAACGCAUCUCAUCCAGCAGCAUAUGGAGAAAUCGGAUCUACGUGCACAAACAGAACUAUUCAACUGUGACGAACACAAUUUUCCCGCCCGACGAAGUGUGGGGUGAUGUGACCAUGAAAGCCGAAGGAACUGGACGUCUGCUACUGCAAAUGGAUGUCACUGUGAAUGUUGAAUAUACACCGCUGCAAAAAAUGCCACGGAACCCGAACGACACACAAGAGGUGCUGCGGAGUUUCGAGAUUGAAUGUAAUCCUGGUUUUGCAGGACGGAACAAUUCAAUCAUGGUGAUGAACACUUGUGGACGAUGGGUCGGCACCACGGGUCCAGAACCAUUGGAGCAGAGUGGGAUGGCUGUAUUCACGGUCGGUCUACCCACCGGAUUUGUUGUUCUCAAUGAUGAGCUGCGAAACUACGUGACCAGUAGAAAAGUACCAAAUCUGCGAUUCGCGCGUACCUGGAGCAAUAUGGUGCAUUUCUUCUUUGACACGAUUACAACGAACCUCACAUGCGUCCAAUUCCGGGCAGAACGAUACUACCCAGUGGCGAAUAUCACACAGCAACAAGUGUGUUCUGCUUAUGAGUACUAUGAACCUGGCCGUUACAACAAUUCCAUGUACAACGUGGUCUCGUUGUACACAAACAGUAUAUGCAACGUUUGCGGUAGUUUUGCCUGUCCGUACUGUCCGGACUACAAUGGAUCCAAACGUCGAAAGCCAAACACCUCAAUUCUUCUGUUCACUGCGGUGCUUGUCAUGUGGGUACAAAGUUGGCCGCUACAGUCCAGCUGGUUCGGACUAGAUUUUCUGCCAAUUAGAAGUCCACCAAUAAGCUGA